UAUUAAAGGAUAGUAGGAGGUGACCUUACUGAAGUAUUAUUGAAUUGCUGCGCUUCUAUUUCAUUUAAUCUGAAAGCAAAUUCGGUUUUAAUAAUUUUUUUAGUCCAAUAAUUUUCAGCCCUUGUUAGCAACAGUUGUCCGAUUUGAUUUAUGAUUUUGCAGCGUCGCUAGUUAAAGUAAAAUCUUUAAUUGUGAAAUUAAAAACUAAUUGGCUUCAAAAGCUCUUCUGAGAUCAGGAAUGGCAGAAGCACAGCAGGUUCGAAUGCAGAAGGCAGUUGAAGAUAUGGUACAGAGUCUGGAGAGAGAUCACAUCCGUAAGAUGCAGGCGCAGAUGUUUCGCUGCAGUGCAGAAUGCUGCGUGCAUCCUAGUGACUCCAUGAACCAGGUGCAUCAGUGUAUAGACCGCUGCCACACACCACUGGCCAAAGCUCAAGGAUUGGUUACUAGUGAGCUUGAAAAAUUUCAGGACCGUCUCACAAGAUGUACGAUGCACUGUAAUGACAAAGCCAAGGACCUGUUUGACUCCGGGGCGAAAGAGCCAGUCGUGCGGGCACUGAUGGACAGCUGUGUGAGCAGUUGUGUGGAUGAGCACCUCAACAUGAUGCCCAGUAUGACCCGCAGAAUUAAAGACAGCUUGAACUCAAUACCUCAGUGAAGAAACAUUUGAAACAGAGGAUAAACAAAAUUAGUAUAAUGGACUUAUCUUACUAGAUGGAAGAACUUGCUUUUGUGAAGGUUACUCUUCGAUAUCACCACUGUGUGAAGCUUUUGUGAAUGACAUGUUGAUUUCUGUCUGUGUUGUUUGUGACUUUUGUACAAACAAUAAAAAAAAUGUGAUA